UGUGAAGGCAGAAGGAGGAGCAGAACCUGCUGAGACUGAGGAGAGACAGCAAUGAAUUCCAAACAUCAGUAUGUGGAGCUCAGUGAUGGCCACUUCAUUCCUGCACUGGACUUUGGCACCUAUAAACCUGAAGAGAUUCCUAAUAGUAAGACAAUAGAGGCCACCAAAAUAGCUAUAGAAGCUGGAAUCCACCAUAUUGAUUGUGCAUAUUUUUACCAAGUAGAAGAAGAGGUAGGACUGGCCAUUAGAAGCAAGAUAGCAGAUGGUACUGUGAAGAGAGAAGACAUAUUCUACACUACAAAGCUAUGGAGCACUUUUCACCGACCAGAGCUGGUCCAAUCUUGUUUGGAAAGAUCACUGAAAAAACUUCAUUUUGACUAUGUUGACCUGUAUCUUAUUCAUUCCCCAUUAUCAAUGAAGCCAGGGGAAGAGAUUUUUCCAUGUGAUGAAAACGGAAAAUUAAUAUAUGACACUGUCGAUCUCUGUGCCAUAUGGGAGGCCAUAGAGAAGUGUAAGGAUGCAGGAUUGGCCAAGUCCAUCGGGAUGUCCAACUUUAACUGCAGGCAGCUGGAGAUGAUCCUGAAUAAACCAGGCCUCAGGUAUAAGCCUGUCUGCAACCAGGUAGAAUGUCAUGUUUAUCACAACCAGAAGAAACUGCUGGACUUUUGCAAAUCAAAAGACAUUGUUCUGGUGGCCUAUGGUACUCUUGGAACCCAAAGAAUCAAAAAAUGGGUUGACCAGAGCUCCCCAGUUCUCUUGGAUGAUCCAGUUCUUGGUGACUUGGCAAAAAAGCACAAGAGGUCUCCAGCUCUGAUUACCCUCCGCUACCAGCUGCAGCGUGGGGUGGUAGCUCUGGCCCAGAGCUUAAAGGAGAAUGAAAUAAAAAAGAACAUUCAGGUUUUUGAUUUUGAGUUGACUUCAGAAGACAUGAAAGACCUAGACGGCUUGAACAGAAAUUUUCGAUAUAUUGCUAUUGAGUCUAUGGCUGACCAUCCAAAUUAUCCAUUUGCUGAUGAAUAUUAACAUGAACAUCUUUGUCAUGACUUCAACUAGUAUGCCCUAUGUCGAAAGAGUUGGAAGAGAUGACUCAGGUGCUGUUGAUUGGACACAUCAAUUCUGUUAAUCCAUGCUUCUUAGCAAUUCCCAUUCUGCUACAGCAAAGCUCAAUAGUCCAGGCACUAAAUUUUCAUCAAUUUUUGAAAAUAAAUAAAGUUGUUUUCAUCAAGA